CCGCCAUUUUUGAAAUCAUUGUUUUGGAGUUUGGUAUCGGAGUUUUGCAGUUUGCUGACUUUGUUUUGGGGAUUUUGUGCGCUUUAUUCACUCAAAGGGAACAUCAGUGGCAUCGAUCAUGACGUCGGUGUUGGAGGACCCUACCCUGGAGAGACACUUCAAAGGACACAGAGACACAGUCACCAGUCUGGACUUCAACCCUAACAUGAAGCAGCUGGCCUCAGGCUCCAUGGACUCCUGUCUCAUGGUCUGGAACUUCAAACCACAGAUGAGAGCCUACAGAUUCGUCGGACACAAGGAUGCAGUAAUGUCUGUGGUGUUCUCUCCCUCUGGACAUCUGGUGGCAUCAGCCUCACGAGACAAGACAGUACGGCUUUGGAUACCCAGUGUUAAAGGAGAGUCCACAGUGUUUAAAGCUCACACUGCCACAGUCCGGAGUGUGGACUUCUCCCCAGAUGGACAGGCUCUACUCACAUCAUCAGAUGACAAGUCUAUUAAGGUCUGGACCGUCCACAGACAGAAAUUUCAGUUUUCUCUCAACCAACACAUGAACUGGGUCAGGUGUGCCAGGUUUUCUCCAGAUGGACGUAUGAUAGUCUCAGGAAGUGAUGACAAGACAGUCAAGCUGUGGGACAGGAACACUAAGGAGUGUGUACACACCUUCUUCGAACAUGGAGGAUUUGUGAACAGUGUAGCGUUCCAUCCAAGUGGCACCUGUAUAGCAGCAGCUGGUACAGACUCCACAGUAAAGGUGUGGGACAUCAGGACAAACAGACUACUGCAGCACUACCAAGUCCACACUGCUGCGGUGAAUGGCCUGUCCUUCCACUCCUCUGGAAACUACCUCAUCACAGCCUCCAACGACUCAACACUGAAAAUCCUGGAUCUUCUGGAGGGGCGACUGUUCUAUACAUUACAUGGCCACCAGGGUCCAGCCACAACUGUUGCCUUCUCCAGGGCGGGUGACUUCUUUGCUUCUGGAGGUUCAGAUGAACAGGUGAUGGUGUGGAAGACCAACUUUGACCAGGUAGACUACAGUGAGGUGCUGAAAUCUCACAAGGCACAGAAUGAACAGCCUCAGCCUCCUCCUCACAUCCACGACAUCCCUCCUCGCUCCCCACAUACAGUCAGACAGGUCCCCAGGCCUGCUGUACCACAGCUUGAUGCGCGGAGUGAGCCCCGUAACCUGGAGGUCCCCAGUCCUGAGGUGGUUGAUGUAGGGCCUGCCCUCUUCUCAAACCCACAAACGGCCGCGGUAGGACAGAAUGGCGCGGUGUCCCACAGCCUGGCCGACUUCUCUCUCACGUCCGCUGAUGUGGCCAUGAGGGAACCGGAGCACGCGGCGCCCCCGCCGUCUGUCGGAGCCACCCAGCCCCUGGAGAGGCAGACCAUCCCACCCCAACUGGCCAACACGCUGGAGCACAUCGUAGGGCAGCUAGACGUCAUCACACAGACUGUGUCUAUCUUGGAACAGAGACUGUCCAUGACUGAGAACAAGCUGAGAGAAGCCCUCGACAACCAGCAGAAGAUCACACUACAAGUCAGACCCACUGACUAGAAACAAUUUUUAGACAUGGUCUUCAUUUCUUCUUGUACAGGCAAAAUUAAGAGUGAAGGUUCCUUUCUGGUAUUAUCUUUAAAGUUAAUCUGUGUUGGUAGAUUUUAGUAGUCAUUAUGAAGCAAGUUUGAACUGUGAUUUCCAACACAUGAAAUUUUCAAGGAAUGAGCAGUCCACUGCUUCUGUGACAUGUAAUGCUGAUGACACACAGCCUGGAGACCAGAUGAUCAUCCCUAAACAAAAAUGGGGGCGCCACAGACUUUCUGCAACACAUUGAUUCACUGCUCAGCAAGUCACGUGUGUCAUCUGCAUAACAUGACAUCAAGGAAGUUGUGAAUUGCUCAUUCCUUGACAAAAUUCCUUGGAGUUGUACAGUAAAAAAUUUGCGCAAGUCCAAUUUCCUGCAUUGGAAAAACAAGUUUAAACUCGCUUCACAAUUCUAAUAUUGUUAAAACACUUUAUGGAAAAGGCAAGGGGUUUGCAGGCACAAAGUGUUUAGAUGUAAGAAUGAAACAUUCCUGUAAGAUAAAGAAUCUAUCAUAAUUCAUAAUUCCAUUUGUAUUGUAUUAAUUAUAGAUUGUGGUGGGAUGAUAUAAUGUCUGGGUACCAGGCUUUCAAUUUUAAACUACUUUUGACAUUAUUGUAGAUUACAGAUAAAUGACAACAGUGAGUUUCAUGUCUAGUGCCUUAAACAUCACGAUGUGGUAGUAUAUUUUUGGGUGGUCAGACUCAUCUUCACAUACUAUGUCCAUAUGUAGUCAUUUGUAAAAAUACAGCAGAACUUCCCUGUGCGGUAGACACAGGGUCAGCGUGCAUAUUUUAGCCUGUUCAGAUUAUUCUCAGGACCCGCCAGUAGCCAUUCAAAAUUAUUGCCUUACACUUUCAGGUGGUUUAGUUGAGAGGAGUAUGAAAUGUUGUAUUUCACAUUGUUGUAACAUUUCAAAUG